AUGAAACUUUUUUGUGUCACUGUACUAGUCUAUACACUAGUAGGUGUACAAGCUUUGCUUCCCGCAGACUACUUUUAUAGCUCGUGUCUCACCCCAAUUAUCACCAAUAAUGCUGUUGCUGAUUUGGUGAAAGAGUAUGACCCUGAAGACUACAUGAGUGUUUAUGGAACAUACUGUGAAAAUCAAGACAUUAUGGUCACAUUGUUCGACUGUAUGAUCACCUCAGCGGAGAUGUCGACCGAGAUGGGCUUUUCUCAUGCUCAUCGCAAGCUGAAAUCUUCAUACGAUACUAUGAGGUACUACUGCAAACUCUAUUAUGGCGCGCCACACACUUUGAAUUAUCAGGAAAUAACGGCCGCUUGGAAUGCUGCACCCAAGCCUUUCGUCAACUACUACACGGCUAAUGAAACUCUUCAGCUGCCCUUCACUGUUCCUAAGGAUGUUAUGGCUCCACUUAUUGCUCCUGCUCAAGGAGAGGGUGAUAGUUAUUAUGACACUGCUCAGUACAGUUAUUGGACGUUAUACUAUGUUGUUAUCUGCGUUGGCCUAGCCACUAUUUUCAACCUUCUUACUUGGCUUAUGCCUAAAGGAGCUGAGUUAACGGCAAAUAGCUUUUUGGGCCGCUUUGUUCGCCGUUAUAUCACUAUGGCACCUCUUUGGAACGACCGGUUGGCCCGUUGGACUCACUUCCACUCCAACCGCUUGCCUGCUUUCGAAAUCUUCGGCUACUUUGUGAUGAACUAUGUGAUGAUGUCGGUGAAUUAUAGGUAUAUUGAAGGUGGAGAAUAUGCUAGUCGUGCUCAGGCUAUUGGAUACUGGCUAGGUUACAGGUCCGGGAUUAUGCCCAUGUUCAAACUGCCAUUUCUAUUCUUUUUUGCAGGGCGCAAUAACUUUUUAAUCUGGAUGACCGGUUGGGAUUACAAUGUUUUCAGCAUGUGGCAUCGAUGGCUUGCUCGCUUUGCUACACUUGAUGUACUUAUCCACUGGGCUGCAUACAGCGUAGGGGUUGCGACCAUUCCAGGAGAGCUAGCUGAAGAGUGGGGUCUUUGGUACUGGAUUGCAGGUGUUAUCGCCACUCUUGUUAUGGUGAUAAUGUGCAUCCAGGGGUCUGUUUGGCUUCGCCGUAUUGCAUACGAAUUCUUUUUGUACACUCACAUUUUUUGGGCCAUCCUGUUCCUUAUCUUCACCUGGUACCACGUUGUCUAUGUUACAUAUCCCAUGUCCACUAUGUACGCGAGUUUUGCUGUUUGGGGGUUCGACCGCUUGCUCCGCCUGAUUCGCAUGGCUUCUUCUGGCGUGUGCACGGCGAACAUCACUAUUGGUUCUGAUCAUGUCAUGGUCGUCGAUAUUGUCGACAAAAACCCUGUACGUGCCUAUCCUGGCUGUCACGUAUUUGUAUACUUUAUGGGCUGGCGCCACUUUUAUCAGUCGCAUCCGUUCACUGCAAUCAAGACUGAUACCGGCCUACGACUGUACAUCAAGUCGUGGAAUGGUAUGACCAAACGCAUCAGGAAAAUGGCUCUUGAUAAUGGCGGCAAGAUCACAAUGAAAGUCAUUGUUGAGGGUCCCUAUGGACCACCCAUGAACCUCAAGGCUUUCAACGAGCUUGUAUGUGUUGCCGGUGGCAUUGGAAUCACCGCCAUCUACUCACACUUGUCCCAGCGGAUUUUGUCCGGAAGCAUGAGCGGUCAAAAGGUAACUUUGCACUGGAUUGUUCGUAACGAGGAGUUCUUUUCCACUUUUGCUGAAGAUCUCAAGAAAUUUGCCGACGCAGGAAUUCGCAUAGUGCUCCAUGUCACUGGGCACAGUAGCGCCGGCCCUCACUCCGAGUCAUCUGUGGCUUCAAGUUCUGACGCCGAGAGCAAAGAAAAGGCCCUAGAGAAUGUUUCCUCGCAAAUAUACGAGCUCGAAAACGGUCGCCCCAAUAUCCUUGAGAUGGUUCCUUUGUACAUGGUUAAUGCUACUGGCUCCCUUGGCUUUAUGACCUGUGGACCAGCGAGCCUGAACCACGACGUACGUGCUGCAGUUUCCAGCAACAUUUACAAAACCAAACGCUACGUGCAGUGCUAUGAAGAGGGCUUUGAGAUGUAA